AUGAGCGUGGCACCUCAUGACAGCAACCUCUACGAUCAGUCACUUAAAAUUACGAAGAAGAUAAAGGACAAGAUUUCCAACCGGAAGGAAUCCAAGGAGGAUUUCAAGGAAGUCAAAGUGAAGACUGUGCCUUAUAAGUACCUGGAGCGUAAUUACAAAACGAUAUGCUUAUCCGUGGGGUUCUGUGUAAACACGUUUCUCUACUUCAGCUUCUGCUUUAUUGUCAACAAGCUCAUAGAGAGUGUUGUUUUUGCCGGUCUGUCCAAAAUAUCUCAUUAUGAUUAUGCCAACAGCUUGGUGGCGGGGUCCGUCAAGGGGACCAUUAUUCUCUUCCUGUGGUUCCGGCACUGCUCAGGCGGCUACGACGGAGACCCCUUUUUUCACUUUUUCAAGAGCAGGCUCAACCUUAUAGGAAAGGGCGAAGCGAAGGUCAUAUUCCUGUCUAACCUCGUAGGGACGCUGCUCUACCUCGGAGUCCUGAAGUUGUUCGUAGGGGAAGAUCCGCCGGCGCCCAUUAGUGCCACCAUCCUAGAGAGGAUACAAAAUGGCAAAGUCACAAAAAGCAGAUCCAUCCUCACCUCUUUUGUAUUCCCCCACGUACCAACCGUCGUGAAGGAUGCCCUUGUGCAGCUCAUCAUACUAACAUGCCCUCACAUAAACAGCGCAAACAAAAACUACAACAAAAUAUUUGGGAGCAACAUGGACCUCUACUCCUCUGUCGUCAUGGAUACGUAUUUAAAUGAAAUGCUUUGCUCCUUCCUCAAUUACGUCUUGCUAUACAUUUAUCUGUUCACCAAAGACAACCUCCCCUACCAGUUGGAAAUAAAUCUCCUCCUAACUCAAGUCGUUUUACUCUUUUCCACCAGAUGCGCCAAUGUCGUGAGUGGUCCUUUUAUGAGUCUCAGUUGGAUUUUAAAUGAAUCCGUUUCAAGGAGCUAUCAUUUUUUUUUUUUUCUUUUUUUAUUUAUUUUUCACUACUUUGGCUAUAAGUUAGCUAGCCAUUUUUUGGAACCACCGAAGCUUUCCCUAGUAGAUGCAGCCAAUUAUUACAAAAAUGUUAAACGUGAGAUGCUUCAGAAAAAUGUGAACAGCACAACGGGGCGUGUAAACAUGUCGACUGUUCCCAAUGACAACGUUGCAUUAAGUGAAGUCGAGGACACCUACCUGGGGCGCUUCUUUCAGAGGUGCUUCCAGUUGUACGGGGUCGCUGCCUCGGGGAAGAAAGUGGACUAA